GAACGGAUCGAUUUUUGUCUUUUAAAUAAGAUUAAACCUCCCGUGGCUAGUUUAGGUCGAAUUGUACCGAGGUAACGCAGGAGAGACCGUUUGGAAAGCCCGGUUAGCUUUCUGUAGCUAACGUUAGCCUGUGGUUAGCCGGUCAGGCCGUGAUCAGCUGUGCGUCGUGAUGUGCGGCCUUUACACAUUGUUACCUAAUGACAUGUUUGUAAGUCCAUGAACGAUACCCCACCUUGGAUGUGAGUUUGUCUACACACCAGGAGGUCUUCCUAUUUAUCCACCACACAGAGCUGAGGACUUGGACCUGACAGUACCAGGUGGUUUCUGAUCUACAGCGGGCUGGUGACCCUUUUACCGGCGGCAGGAUGACAUGCCGUGACCGGACCCUCGAGUUCCAAUCAGCCUGUAAAUCUCUCCAGGGCAGACCGCAGAAUGGAGUCCAGCCCAGUAAGCCAGCUCUCAGUGCCCUCAGGCAGCGCAGUGACUUUACAGUUAUGGCCAAGAGAAUUGGAAAAGACUUGAGCAAUACAUUUGCCAAACUGGAAAAGCUUACAAUUUUGGCAAAAAGAAAAUCUCUAUUUGAUGACAAGGCAGUGGAGAUCGAGGAGCUAACGUACAUCAUUAAACAAGACAUCAACAGUCUAAACAAACAGAUAGCACAGCUGCAGGACUUGGUCAGGUCUCGCGGAGCUCCGGGUGGCCGACAUAUCCAAACCCACUCUAACACUAUAGUGGUGUCAUUACAGUCCAAACUGGCUUCGAUGUCCAAUGACUUCAAAUCAGUCCUAGAAGUCAGAACAGAGAACCUGAAGCAGCAGCGCAGCAGGAGAGAGCAGUUCUCCCAGCCUCCUGUCUCGUCAUCUCCUCUGAUGGCCAACAACUUCAGGAGCCGAAAAAAAGGGGCCCAGGAGCCGCAUGCAGCUCGCGAGCCGCGCAAUGGUUACCAGGGCAAUACAACCUCAAAUUUAAAAGAGAGCUCGGUCCUGAUGCAGGAUGAGUCCAGGAGUAUGGGGGAUGUAGCCAUCGAUAUGGAUUCUCAGAACAAUCCCAUGCAACUCCAGCUUAUUGAUGAGCAGGACUCUUAUAUCCAGAGCCGAGCAGACACCAUGCAGAAUAUUGAGAGCACCAUUGUGGAACUGGGCUCUAUAUUCCAGCAGCUGGCACACAUGGUCAAGGAGCAAGAAGAGACCAUCCAGAGGAUUGACGCUAACGUGGAGGACACCCAGCUGAACGUGGAGGCAGCCCACACAGAGAUACUCAAAUACUUCCAGUCAGUCUCCUCCAAUCGCUGGCUCAUGAUCAAGAUAUUUCUCGUACUUAUCAUCUUCUUCAUCAUCUUUGUCGUCUUCUUCGCUUAAAGACUAGAGGAGCGGCUGAGUGGAGCGGGAAAGCACAUGGUAUAAGGGGAAGUUAAGCUAAAGCUGAACUCAGACUACAUGUCCAGACGACAUAUUUGAAGGACAGACUUCUCUAUGAAAGCGACCGCUUGAUGGAGGCUUGGGAGACCUUUCGAUUAACACAAACUUUUCUGUUAUUUCCAAGCCACAGACAUUUGAUCUUAAUUCGACAAUUCAGUGAAGAAUGAGGAUGUCGAACUCUGUCCAAAUGAAAGAAUAAAUUAUCUUAAAUCCCCACUUUGUAUAGAGAGCAAAGAACUGCUCUGUAUUGUACUUUGACCAAUUAUUCCUAAACAUGUAAUCAAAAUGACUAUAAUUUAAUGGUUUGAUUCUGCAAACUGUCUUUUGAUUUGAUUUUUGAUUUUUUACCCCCUUACAAUAUGUCGUUAUUAUUAUUAUUAUUAUUAUUAUUUCAAAGCCAAACAACUGAACUGGAGUUUAUCCUCAGAUAAUUUUGCUUCUUAGUUUUCUAACUUUUUGUUGAAGAGAAUGACUGUGACACUUGUUUCUCAAAAAUUUUCCACUUACCACCAUUUGGUAAUGAUGUGAAAUAUUUUGUUAUUCACUUUAUUCUGUUUAUUUGCCAAAUGGAUACUCUUAUAGAACUGUGACACAAUAUAAGAAGCUGGACUACAGCGACUCCAGCAUUUUGUGUCCUGGCAUGAGAAAGCAGUUACAGAGAGCCAAAAGGAACUUUGCUGAUAUAAUUCAGGCCCGAGCUGUACGAAAUGUGGAUGAUAAGUUAUGUAACAACAUUUUUUAAAUAUGAAACUGUGUAGUUGCUGCACAUAAGGCAGGUUGAAUGGUUGGAAAAAGUACACCUGGCACAUUUGUUGCUGCAGAGAGUCUUCAGCAUAUGAGUCUUGAUCUGAGCGGGAUCCAGCUUUGACAUCAGUGCUUAUGAAGGGGUUGGUCUGGUUGUGAAAGGCCCACUAAUGAAGUGACUCAAUCAACCUGGUUCCCUGGAAGUAGACUGUUGUAGUUGCUUUCUCUCUUUCUUUCUAAUGGACUGGAUCUUCUUUCAAGUGACCACAGCUUUUUCAGAAGAAUGAAAAUGUUCUUCUUAUACUUUGUCUCUUUUUUUUAGCCCAAUGCCUUGACUUAAAUGUAUAAAGUGAAAAUAGUGAAAAUGAUGUAUUGAUAAGAAAGUGCAUAUUAAUAAAAUAAUACUGGGUUGCUGGUG